AGGAAAAAUGGCAGAGUAGUUUUUCCAGAGUUAAUUUUUUUCCCCUCAAAAAUAGUAGUUUUUGCUCUAUUUUGAGAGUAUAGAGUAAAAUGUGUCAGUAGAGUGGGAGCGAAAUUAAAGAGUAACUGUGACUCCUCCCCAAAAUUAUCCUCCCAAAGUUUAGUUUAUCCGCCAUUACUGUUCGUCACGGCCAUCGCGAUCGCUGCCGUUUGUGGGUUUAGAAGAGAAGUUGCGCUUCUACUGGAUGUUAAAGAUGCAAACCAACAAUGUUGUCAGAGUGAAGUUCAAAGACACCUUUUACAUUUCAGAUGUUUUUGGAAUGUGUUGCCAAGAAAUUUGAUCUUCCUACAAUGGACGUUAAAGUCUUUGAUGACUCGAAGACAGAAGUUGAUGAGGAAGCAUUUUAAUAUCUGCUGACACGACCAGACCUUGGUGUCCUAGAAAUUUUCAUCCCAGGCACAGCAAGUUUUGAUGAUUCUUUAAGCUCAAGCUCAUUAGGAGAUGCUGGGGGCACAUCAGAGUCUGAUGACACAGCAAUGUUGAUUAGAAGUCCUCCUGAAAAAAAUCGAGCUGAGGAACGUCGUCUUGCCCAAAUGGUCGAAGAUAUCCUAAAGAGCAGCCCUGGAGGCGAGAAGGUCAUAAAUGAAUACGCUCGCGCUAAAAGUCUGUCAGAUGGCAGAAGACGUGACAUGGUGAAAAUCUUGGUAGCACAUUUGACAAAUGAACAUGGAACAAGCCCUUCCCGACGUUUGAAGGAAGAAUAUGCGAAGGGAAUCAUCUCCCUAUUCCCAUACUUGGCUGACCCCAGGAGCAAACUUGGUUAUGAGCAUUAUUACAAUGCAGAAGAUGGAAGUGGAUAUUUGGCAUGGAGAAUUAAAACGCUGCAGAAAGAAGGAUCAGAGGGACGGAUGAAACGCCCACGGCAACCACAAACAGGUGGGCCAACUGCUGACAGGGAUCCCUACAAAGAAGACAGCUGGUUGAAUGAUGAACGUCAGUGUCAGGAAGCAAUUGCCCUGAUGAAGCAUACAGCUGAUGAGGCAGUGGUAAAGGAAAAGAUGAGGUUAACACUGGCCUAUCACCAGAAGAUGCUGCACGACCCUAAAGAGGCAUCUGAUAUUCUAUCCAUUUUCCCGCGAUUCAUGGAUAUACCAGGCUUGAUUGAUCAAGAUUUUGGACUUCUAUUUGGUGAUGCGACCUCUGCAAAGUUGUUGGAGAAGUGGUCUACCAACAUAAACCACAGGUUAUUGCACAGAGCCGUGGCCUCACACAGACUAGUGAGCUCCAAGACCUCAUCCAAAAUGCUGAAGCCACUGAAGUUGAAGAAGACCGGAACCAGUAUCCAAGGGCACUUGGAUAGCAUUGGAGAGAGUCUCCAGCCAUAUCUACUUGUUGUUGGGCCGAAGAGAAGUAGGGUCCAGUCUUGUUUUAUUGUAAUUGACCAACAUGCUCUACCCUGUAAGGCCUCUAAUUCACUAGCCUGUGUUGAUGAGCUUUUCAAAGCUCACUUUGUCUUUGGCACCUCAUACUGUCAGGAAUUGACCAAUGUGUAUAGCUUUCUGCAAACCACUGUCUAUGACAUAGAUGUUGAAACCACCAAGGUGAAUCCCAGAGUGGCUGAGUUGAGAGCUAGAAUGCUCCAGUGA